GGUGUGAACUAAAACGUCACGUCAAGCUGAUGCGCCUUUUUCUAUCCUGCAGUCGGCACCCUAGUCGAGCGUGGUUGAGCGCUAUUUCACGUUAUUUGCUGAUGUACGUUGGGUUUAGUGCUUGCGGUAUACCGUGAAAAUGGCUCUUUCUUGUGCAAUUUCUAACGAGGUUCCGGAGCAUCCAGUAAUUUCGCCUGUGUCUGGAUCGAUAUUCGAAAGGCGCCUCAUCGAGAAAUUCUUAACGGAAAAUGGAGUGGAUCCUAUUAAUGGAAAGGAGCUCACUGUGGAACAGCUUAUCGAUGUCAAAACUACUCCGAUAGUGAAGCCAAAACCACCAAGUGCAACAUCAAUUCCUGCUAUAUUAAAAAUUUUACAAGAUGAAUGGGAUGCCGUUAUGUUACAUUCAUUCACACAGAGGCAACAACUGCAAACAGCACGACAAGAAUUAUCGCAUGCUCUGUAUCAACAUGAUGCCGCAUGCCGUGUAAUAGCUAGAUUGACGAAAGAAGUCACUGCUGCCAGAGAAGCUUUAGCUACUCUUAAACCACAAGCUGGAAUUACCCAACCAACAACCAUUCCUCAACCUGCAGUGGCAAUGGAAGCUGGUGGUGCAGCUGCACAGCCUACAGAACAGGCUGGUAUUACUGAUGAUGUAAUCAAAAAAUUGCAAGAAAGGGCCACAGUUCUUACUCAAGAAAGAAAACGACGUGGACGCUCAGUCCCAGAGGAUUUAAUGGCACCAGACAAUAUCCGAGCUUUCCAAACAUUAUCUUCACAUCCUGGUCUUCACUCUGCUAGUGUACCUGGUAUCCUGGCACUAGACAUACAUGGAUCUGAUACCAGUAAGAUUUUGACUGGAGGCGCUGAUAAGAAUGCUACAGUUUUUAAUAAGGAUACGGAACAGGUAGUAGCCAUACUCAAGGGUCAUACAAAGAAGGUCACACGAGUCAUUUAUCAUCCUGAUGAAGAUCUUGUAAUGACAGCAUCGCCAGAUACAACUAUACGAGUAUGGAAUGUGGGUACAAGCCAAACAACACUUUUAUUACGUGCUCAUGAUGCUCCAGUAACUGGAUUAUCACUUCAUCCAACUGGUGAUUAUCUAUUAAGCUCAUCACUAGAUCAACACUGGGCCUUUUCUGAUAUUCGAACUGGAAGAUUAUUGACAAAGGUUGCUGGACAAGGAGCUCAACCAUUGACUACAGCUCAGUUCCACCCUGACGGUUUAAUUUUCGGCACUGGAACAGCUGAUUCACAAGUGAAAAUUUGGGAUUUGAAAGAACAAUCGAACGUGGCAAACUUCCCUGGACACUCAGGUCCUAUUACAGCUAUCAGUUUCUCCGAAAAUGGUUACUAUUUAGCCACCGCUGCUGAGGAUUCAUGCGUAAAGCUUUGGGAUUUGCGUAAACUGAAGAACUUCAAGACCCUACAACUGGAUGAGUCCUAUGAAGUCAAGGAUAUUUGCUUCGAUCAGAGUGGAACAUAUCUAGCAGUGGCUGGCUCUGACGUCAGGGUAUAUCUUUGUAAGCAAUGGCAGGAGCUCAAGGUUCUAAAUGAUCAUACUGCAACAGCAACUGGCGUUCGCUUUGGGAAGCAUGCUCAGUAUAUUGCUUCGACAAGUAUGGAUAGAACACUGAAGCUAUACGGUCUCCCAUGAAGUGGUAGAAUAAUUAAUAUACUGUAAUGAAAUUAUGUUGAGUGAUUUGAACAUAAGCUGUAAGAUUAGUCAAUAAUAAAUAUUUUGUACAACAUAA